AUGUCCGCUUCACACUCGACAUAUUUCCCCGUCAUUUCUUGCUUUCUGCUACUUCUGAUCCAGGUGAGCCUCGUUCAUACCGCCUCGAUUCGGGCUAUCAAUAUCUUCAACGGCCCUGCCCCUGCUCCCGAGGAACAACCUCCAUUUUCGGCUUCUGCAAACCGCGACCUUAACCUGCUCUGGCGAGAUAUUGUCGCCAUAGUAGGUGCAUACGUGGGCACGGUGGUCGUAUUCCUAGGGUGUCUUCUGACGACCGGGAGAAGACUGCGUCGAAGCGCACAGCAAUCCAACAGGACGCUUGACAUGGAAAUGGUCAAGCCGCAAAGACCAGCACUCGAUACCACAAUAAGUCCAGUAUCGCCCAACAGAUUUUCUCCAACCCCAGAGAGCGGAACAGAGAGUCAACUUUGGCCAAGCCAAAAGAAAGGGAAACCCACCUUCAGCAUGCCUUGGUCUACCACACCCCGGAGCCCAACCUCCCCUGUCUCUCAGAAUGGAAGUAUGGCCACCUUCGACGAGACCGUAGUCCAGGCAGACCGAGUAAGAGCACAGGAUGAGAUGGAGCGGCUCUACGCUGCUGUCAUGGAGCAUGAUGCAAAGCAGUCUCGUGCUGUGAAUGAUGCAAACGAAGACGGAAUUGUUUCGUCCGUGCAUCAGCCCUCGUCAUCAUCCCCCGAGCCUUUCGAAGGCCCCCCAGAGUUUCGACAUCUCAGACAUAACGGACGACCAUCACAACCACAACAGCCUCGAGUGAAACAGCAGCCCACGUUCCCACCACCGAGAGAUCCUUCAGCGAUACAGCAGCAGCAGAUGCUGCCAACGUCGCCCCUUUCUCCAAUAACUCAAAGAUUAUCGAGACUUUCCAACCUCUCUUUCCUCAGUUCCCGAUCCCGCGAAGGUUCGAGCGGUAGAAAAUCCCGUCGAACGUCAGUGCGAAAUCUUCCAAUUUCACCCCCCAUGGGUUCUCCUGAUCUUACAGCGAACAACUAUUCCGAAAGCCUACCAUUGUCACCACGCAUAUAUACCCCGGGACCUCCCCCACCCAAUCCAAACCAAAAAUCUCUUGAACCUCCCCACAGGAAUUUUCCCACUCCUCUCCACAUCCGAUCCGGUAGCAGCAACUCUACAUUGCCGUUCCGCUCAUUCGCAUCACCUGCCAGCGCUGCGCCAACGAAAACUACUUUUGUCGAACGUCGUGAGAGUAUGUUGAGAGCAGGGGGCCCUCGGACCGGUAUCCCGCAAACGCCAUAUUCCCCUUACAUGCCCUUCACCCCAAUCACCCCCUUUACACCGAGCCACAUAGUUACGAGGAGAGAAUGGAGGCAACAAAAGAAGGAGAAUGGACUACGAGUACAGCAAGAAGAAGACCUUGUGAUGAGCGAUGAGGAUAUUUGGGGAACAUAG